AGGUCUCAUCUCACCAAAACACCACAGACACCAUCGCCAUCAUUCUUCGCCUCACUUCCAAAGGAAUACAAUUCUCCAUUUCGUGCUAUUCUAGACCGAAAAUUAACACACUGUUUCUACAAAGGCGAGGAAGCGUGAAAAUGGUUUGCUCAAAGUGCCAGAAGCUCAACAAGACAACCCUCGCCACGCCCGGGGUCAAGAAGAAGAGCGAGAUGUAUUAUGGCUCUCCCGCCUCGUCAUCCUCAACACUCGACAAGAAAUCCGCUACACUCGGGCAGACCGGCAUCUCAAAGAGUAAGCUGCUUUCCAAAGCAGCCAAGAACCCCUAUGCUCAGUAUUCAAGCUCCUGCACACGAUGCAAGGUUAAGGUCUCUCAGGGACACACUUAUUGCAAUCAAUGCGCCUAUCGAGCAGAUGCAUGCGCCAUAUGCGGAAAGCCAAACAAGGCGAAAUCCGCCGUGCCUACUGUUGACGGUCAAAAGCGCACCUUGAAGUGAAUGGUGACUCUCUACUAUGAGAUGAAUCUAUACGAGGGUCGCCGGUAAACCAGCGAGGUGUUGCCCACAUUCGGACUGCAAGAUUAGGACCGGCUCCGCUCAACGUCACUCGCAGGCCUAGCGGAAACGACGUAGUGAAACCAAAAGGCAUAUCAAGGCAGCAAGAGGUGUGUUAUUUUCGCGCGUUUGUGGGUCAUAGCAUGCUAAGAGGCUAGAGGAUGCGUCCUGGGGAAAUAGAACCACGCUGCGCCAAGAAGCCACUGGGGAAAUGAAGCGAUUAGGGGAUGUUCGGGUACAGCUCUGUGGCUCGUCAGCAUACACACUCCGUGUACCAGUUUUAG